CUGUCAUUCUGUUAUCUAUCGUCUACAAUAUUUUGUUGAGUGUGUAUCCUAUCACGAAUGUUUUCCAUUCUAAUUUAAGAUUUGUCGAAGAAAAAUAAUAUUUACUAGUAUAAGGUUUCCCGUUAUUUAAAUAGUUAAAUUCUACUAAAAUGGACUUAUCGGAACCUUCAGGUGAUGAAGAUUCGGGCAGUGACGAGUCUAUUAGUCCUAAAUCAAAGAAAAGAUCUUAUUCCGGGAGUGAUGCUUCACCUGUUCUACAAAAGAGAUCCCGUGUGGAUACUUACGCUUCUACAACUUCUCAUGGUUCAGUUUUGCAAGAAUCAGAUGAUGAGCCAUCAGACACACUACAAGCUAAUUUCUCAGGAGCAGAGCAUCCGAGAAGUAGGUUAAGCUAUGUAGAAAACAGCCCAUGUAGUCGGAGAAGCAGGAGUAGUUUAAGUGCUAACUGUUCAUCACCAAUCGAUCAGUAUGAAGAUUACCGACCUUCAUUGGACGACAAUGAUGACAAUGACGACAAUGCUGAAGCCGCUGUAAAGCCCAGUUUUCAGGAUACAAAUGACAACAAUUUUUAUGAUAAAAGUUAUAAUGAACAUGAUCAAGGCCAAGAUACCUUUGGUACAGGUUAUUCAGAAAUGUCAAAACGUAUGAUGAGUAAUAUGGGUUUCAAACCUGGCAAAGGAUUGGGUAAAAAUGAACAUGGGCGUGUAGACCCUGUUGAAGCUUCCACUCAAAAGGGGAGAAGAGGUUUAGGCUUAAAACCAUCAGUGGUUGGUCAGGUGCCCAGGGAUUUCAAAUGGUCACCAGAUGAGGCUGAACCAGAAGCAGAGGAGAAAGUUUUUUGGAUGACCCAAGCCCCUGCAGAUACAUUGACAAGUGAUAUGUUAGAUAAAUGGCUUCUAAUUGGACCAAAGAAAUUGACUAUAGAUGAUGAAACAGAUUUUGUUGAUCCUCCAAUAUUAAAAGGAGUACUCGAAGCAAAGACUAUAUUUGACAGUUUGGAUGAUGAAGACUUGAGACGUGCUAGGUCCAGAAGUAAUCCAUAUGAAACAAUUGCUUCAGUUAUAUUUUUGAACAGAGCUGCAGUUAAGAUGGCCAACAUGGAUGCUGUUUUCGAUUUUAUAUUUACGAAGCCUAAAAAACAAAAUAGUAGAGAAAGUGCUUUGGAUAGUAGAGAAUUGCUUUAUUUUGCGGAUGUAUGUGCUGGGCCAGGAGGAUUUUCGGAAUAUGUUUUGUUUCGUAGAGGGUGGAGAGCCAAAGGUUUUGGUUUCACUCUAAAAGGUGGAAAUGAUUUCAAGCUGUCAGAUUUUUAUGCGGGUACCCCAGAGACAUUCAAUCCAUAUUAUGGCGUUAAUAAUGAUGGGAAUAUAUUUGAUCCAGACAACCUGGAAUCAUUAAAAAAACAUGUUUUGGAUCAGACAUCAGACCUUGGAGUUCACUUUUUGAUGGGUGAUGGUGGAUUUUCCGUGGAAGGCCAGGAGAACAUCCAGGAGAUCCUGUCGAAGCAGCUGUAUUUGUGCCAAUGUCUCGCCGCGCUGAUGCUGGUCCGCACCGGCGGCCAUUUUGUUGUCAAGUUGUUCGAUGUAUUCACACUAUUCAGUGUCGGACUCAUUUACAUUAUGUAUAGAUGUUUUGAUAAAGUGUGCAUUCACAAGCCAGUGACAUCAAGACCGGCGAACUCUGAAAGAUAUCUCAUUUGUUUAUACAAGAGGCCCGGUACGGAAUCAGCGGAGAACUACCUGUUCAAAGUAAACGAGCUGCUGGGCAAGGCUGCAGACGAUGACAGGGGGACAGAUGUCACGCAACUUGUCCCCUUGAGCGUCAUACAAGAGGACACUGACUUCUAUAACUAUAUUUACAACAGCAAUAAUAUACUUGGUGAAAGACAAAUUAAGAAUUUAUUGAAAAUUGCUGCCUUCAGUAAAGAUAAAAGCUUGAAGGAACCAAGUCAGGCUAAAAUGAGGGAGGCGUGCUUGAAAUUGUGGCAGUUGCCAGACAAAGUGCGCACGCAGCCGGAGCGGCUGAGCGCCGAGGACACGGUGAACACGCUGCUGUCGCUGGCGCGGGUGCCGCCUCCCGAGGCGCGCAGCAGCCAGGGCUUCCGCGCCGUCCUCAACAAGAAGCCGGAGUACCUCGAACACCCCGCGCAACUAGAUCUCUUCAAGAACGUCUACGACUGGCACUUCACGUUUCUCACCAGCUGCAAAACUGAAUCUUGCUUGAGGAUUUUCCUGGGCUGUGGCGGUAGACAAGUGUACCAGUUGGAGGAGAACGGGUGGCGGCCAGUCACCGAGCUCCAACGCGCUAUUCCGGCCAAAACCCUCAUCUAUGGCGAGAUAGUUAAGGAGUACAGUGGCGAAGGCAAUCAACAAAUGCAUUCGAAAGCGUUGCACGUCAUCGAUGGGAUGGUGCUUGGCGGAGUGGAUAUUUCAUAUUUACCUUUGUCUCAUAGAAUAAAUCAAUGCGACUUGUUUUGCACCGCCCUCAAUAAGCCCUUCAACCAGGAAGCUCUGCCAAUAAGAUGCAAAAGGUUUUUCGAAAUGGAGCAUUUGCCGUCGUAUAUCAAUCGAUUGCAAACUCAUGAAAUGAAGCGAAUCAAAAGGGCCGUCACUAUGGAUAGUCCGAACAGGAUUAAUAAGGACGGCAAGUUUUAUAUAGUGGGCUCGAUUUUGUUCCUCAAAGAAAUUAAAGAGCCCUGGAUAGCACAAAUGUCGAAGAAAAGUGGUUACAAAUAUUAUUUUGGAUUAGAUCAAGACAAAAAGCCCCAGAGUCUGUACCAUAUUCCAGCGGAGGCCACAUUGGACAUGAUCAGAGGGUACAUGGGCAGAGUCAUGUGGUCCUGGGACCAGCGGGCCUGUGCCAUCUGGGAGGGCAAGUCUGGGCCUGGCAUCGGCCUGUCACGGGUGGAGGUUGAGAACUAUGUGUUGAAGAACACAGGGAUUUACGCUCCGGUACCGGAUUCCCCUUCAUCCUACGGACACACUUUGAAGCUAUUCUCUUUCCCUAAGUUUUCUUGAUGUCUGACUGAUUUGGAGGAUUAAAGGAAGUGGUGUUUUUGUUUCGAGACCUUUUUAUCGAUCGGGAUGUGUUAAUAUUUUGUUACCCACCUAUUUAAUGGUAUUCUUCUAUUUCCUUUUUGUUACAUUUUCUAAAAUUAAAGUCUGUCAUUUUUGUAACAAAGUUUUUUUUGUUAUCUUUUCCUUACUAGUUUAGAAUAAAUGCUACAAACUGUUUCAAAACUAUGCUAUAACCACAAAGUGGAUAAGUAUUUUUUGAUAAGCUAUGAGGAUUUGUAGGUAAAAAUAAAGUCGUGUCGAAGUUCAAUGAUAGGCUACUGCUAUGGUCAUGUAAGCCGGGGACACUAGUCUAAAUAUUUUGUUACAUUAUUUUUCAAACCCGGGAAGAUAAGAUUUUUAGAAGUUGUUCUGCCAACAUUAUGAACUGACGAUAUUUUGUUGUUUGAAUAAUUAAUUUUUCAGAUUGUGGAUUAUUGAUGUUGUUUUUAUUUUAUUUUAAUAAAAUCUACUACUUGAGUUUAGUGUGGCGGCGGCGAUGGAAUGUUUUAAUCUCACCUCCAGGGAAAUUAACACGAUUGCAGCCUGAACGAGCACUGGACAUGGCAUUUCUUUAGUAAAGGAAACUUUUUCUUAUUCAAUUAAAACUUGACGUUUCUAGAGUAACGACGUUUAUAGAAUAUUAAAUUUUCCCUGGAGGUGACUGUGUACAAUUUAGUAAAUUGUUCUAGAUAGAUUUAUUCGAUCUAAAAAUCUGGUAACAUUACACUGUUUAUGACGAGUUACAACUUCAUCACAACGAGCACGAUGUGGUACAGUGACUGCAUUAUUUUUUAUUCAAUUAAUGGUAGAUACUUCCUAAUUUCGUAGCUGCGGUUCGCGCCACACCACGUUACAUUGAUUUACAAUACAAGAAUUUAGGGAAGAUAAAUUGAUUUAUCAUUAAUGUCACCACGCAUACUUACAUAUAUAUAGUUUAAGUAAUUUUUAUUUAUUCAAAUAUAUAUAUGAAUAUUUUGCAA